AGAAGAAGCCGGAGCCGCACCUUAUCAACGAAAGUCUUGAAAACCGUUAGUGUUUGUGCGGUGUGUUUGCGGCGGCAAAUGCUGAAAGUAACGCGAGUGCAUCAUCUCCAAAAAUAGUUGGGUUACCUCGUAGACCUCGACCGCGUUUUCCGUGUACAAUCCCGUUUAGUGAUCAGCAGAGUGAGAAUCGAUCAGUUCAGUGUUUGGAAAGUGAAACAAAAUGGCAUCGAAAACAAGGAAAAGUGCGACGCCGGCUUCCCAAAUCGGGCGGCCCUCGAGCCCGCUGAGUCCUACGAGACAUUCCCGUUUGCAGGAGAAGGCCGAAUUGCAAAAUUUAAAUGACCGACUCGCCGCUUACAUCGACAAGGUACGUUACCUGGAGGCGGAAAAUAGUCGUCUUAGCCGCGAAGUUCAAACGACCCAGGAGACCGUCACCAGGGAGGUCCAUAACAUCAAGGCGAUGUACGAUCACGAGCUGAGCGACGCUCGGAAGUUGCUCGACGAGACUCACAAGGAGAAGGCCAAGCUUGAGAUCGACACAAAACGUCUGUGGGACGAGAACGAGGAACUGAAGGCGGUGCUCGCCAAGAAGUCCAAAGAUCUGGUGAUCUCGGAGAAUUCGGUUCGCAUACUCGAGACCCGCAGCAACGACUUACAGCUGAAGUACAACCAAGCGCAGUCGGACGCGAAAAAGGCGCAAGCCGAACUGCGCGACAUGGAAAAGGAGCGAGACAAGCUCAAGAAGCAGCUCGAGGAUUUACGUAAACAGCUCGAGGACGAAUCCUUAGGACGCGUCGACGUGGAAAACUCCAAUCAGAGUUUACGCGAAGAGUUAGCGUUCAAAGACCAAGUCUACCAGCAGCAGCUCACCGAAACUCGCACGAAGCGACAAAUCGAAAUAACCGAAAUCGACGGUCGCCUAGCCGAACAGUACGAGGCCAAACUACAGCACGCCUUGCACGACCUGCGCGACCAGUACGAGUCGCAGAUGGCGAGCAAUCGGCAAGAAAUCGAGAUGCUCUACGAGAAUAAAAUCAAGAAUCUGCAGAGCGCCGCGAAUCGUAAUACCGGCGCGGCGGCCGCCGCAAUCGACGAGCUUCGCCAGGUGCGCACCCGCAUCGACACCCUUUCGGGGCGCGUCGCCGACUUGGAAAAUCAAAAUUCGAUUUUGACGAGUCGCGCGCGUGAUUUGGAGAAGCAGCUGGAGAACGAACGAAUCCGGCACGCCGAAGACUUGGCGCUGCUCGAGGGCGAGCUGAGUCGUCUCCGCGACGAGAUGGCCCUUCAGCUUCAGGAGUACCAAGACCUGAUGGACAUCAAGGUGUCGCUCGACCUCGAAAUCGCCGCGUACCGCAAACUUCUCGAGUCCGAGGAGGACCGUCUGCGUAUCUCCCCGAGCGGCGUGACGGAAGUCCACUCGGUCCGUUCCGGCUCGAUGCAGCGUCGCGGUACUCCGCUGCGUGCGGGCGCGAAACGCAAACGCACCCUUCUCGAGGAGCAGGAGCAGAGCAUGUCCGAUUACAGCGUGACGAGCUCGUCCAAGACCGACAUCGAGAUUUCCGACGUCGAUCCCGAGGGGCAAUUCGUCAAGUUGCACAAUAAGGGAAACAAGGAGAUGUCGGUCGGGGGCUGGCAAAUUCUUAGAAAGGCGGGCGACAUGGAGACGACCCACAAGUUUCAUCGUACCGUCAAAAUCGAGCCGAACGGUUACGUGACGGUCUGGUCCGCCAAUCUGGGGAGGGAGCACGAGCCGCCGACCAACAUCGUCAUGAAGUCGCAAAAGUGGUUCGUGGCGGACAACAUGGUGACUACGUUAAUCGACAACAGCGGAGAAGAAGUUGCCGUGUCAGAAAGAAUCAAGAGACAGCUGGCGAGCUCCACCACCCGCCACCGGGAGUACGCCGGUUUGCUCGGCUCCGAAGAGCUCCACCACCAGCAGGGCGAUCCUCAGGGCGAAGAGAAAUGUAGGAUUAUGUGAAACUCGGUAGACUAGUGGAAAAGUUUAUAUUUUUUUUACAUAUUAUCUCGCCAUUUGUAUUAUAAUACUUAUAUCGGUUGAGUAUUCCCGUUUACUGAAGCUUCCAGACUGCCGCACUUUCGAAGUUUCACUAAACUCGAACCGAUACUAAAUCGAUAUGACGACGGUUGUACUCGUGCAACUAAUUCCACUUUAUUCUAAGAGUAGUGCAUGGGAUUCGCUGUAUUUACUUCCAUUUUUUAAAAUAGAAUUUGUGUUCCGUUUAUAAAGAGAUCUAGAUGUAUUUUGCGAUUUAAGUUUAUUCAUUUUUAAAAUGACGUGACCUAUUUUUUUUGUACAAUUUAUUUAGAUGGUGCCUUAAUUAUAAGUAAAUUUUAUUCAUAUUCCCCCCAGUGUUUCGAUACCUAAAUGUUAGAAAUUGCUUAAUGUGUUUAGAGAAGGAAAGAAAGGUGCACAUAAAUCAAUAUAUAUUUUCACGUC